AACUCUCGAUCAGUAAUAUGGUCGGCGUAGUUGCAAUAACUUUGAUAUUUUCCCUGGUAGCAGCCACCGGUAAUGGCGAUCUCCCGCGCUGACGAUGAGGCCGGGAUUCCUCUUCUUCCUGACACCGUCGACGGCUCCCUCGACUUCAGAGGCAAGCCCGCCGUCAGAAUCUCCUCCGGCGGCUGGAGAGCCGCUGGAUUCGUCAUCGGCGUGGAAGUGGCGGAGCGGUUCGCCUACUACGGGAUAUCGUCGAAUCUGAUCAUGUACUUGACCGGGCCGUUGGGGCAGUCGACGGCGGCUGCGGCGGCCAACGUCAACGCCUGGUCCGGGACAGCGUCGCUGCUGCCGCUGCUUGGGGGGUUUGUCGCCGACUCGUUUCUAGGUCGUUUCCGCACAAUCCUCGCCUCCUCUGCACUUUAUAUCUUGGGACUUGGUUUACUGACUUUGUCUGCCAUGAUUCCUUCUGACUGCAAAGUUGCCAAUCUGCUCUCCUCAUGCUCCGCCCAAUUCCAAGUAAUUCUUUUCUUUGGUGCUCUAUACCUGGUAGCUCUCGCCCAAGGCGGCCACAAGCCUUGUGUUCAGGCUUUUGGAGCUGAUCAGUUUGACGGGCAGGACCCAGAAGAGUGCAAAGCCAAGAGUUCCUUCUUUAAUUGGUGGUACUUUGGCAUGUGUACUGGCACCUUGGUAACUCUCUGGGUCUUGAAUUACAUCCAAGACAACCUCAGCUGGGCCCUUGGCUUCGGAAUUCCUUGUAUAGCGAUGGUAGUUGCUUUGAUUAUUUUCUUGCUUGGAACUAGGACAUAUCGCUUCUGUACUGGAGGUGAAGAGCGAAACCCUUUUGCAAGAAUUGGCAAGGUUUUUUUAGCAGCUGCAAAGAAUUGGCGGAUGCCAGCUUCAGCUGUAGCUGAUGCAGAAGAAACCCUUGGUCUCUUGCCUCACAAAAGUUCACAGCAGUUCAGUUUCUUAAACAAGGCGAUGGUCGCACCAAUAGAUUCGUGUACUAUGGCAGAAGUUGAAGAAGCUAAAGCGGUUCUCAGGCUUGCUCCAAUCUGGGUAACUUGCUUGGUAUAUGCUGUUGUCUUUGCACAGUCCCCGACGUUCUUCACUAAGCAAGGAGCCACCAUGGACAGAUCAUUCCUACCAGGAUUCAAGAUCCCCGCGGCGACCCUCCAGUCCUUCAUCAGCCUAGCCAUAGUGAUCUUCAUCCCCAUCUAUGAUCGCAUACUCAUCCCGGUGGCAAGAUCAAUGACCCAUAAACCAGCCGGAAUCACAAUGCUUCAGAGCAUAGGCACGGGUAUAUUCCUGUCCCUUGUUGCUAUGGUUAUAGCCGCAUUAGUGGAGAUGAAAAGGCUGAAAACCGCAGAGGAUUAUGGGCUUGUUGAUUUGGCAAACGCCACAAUCCCAAUGAGCGUGUGGUGGCUGAUUCCUCAGUACGUCCUCUUUGGUAUCUCGGAUGUGUUUGCAAUGGUGGGUCUGCAAGAGUUCUUCUAUGACCAAGUACCGAGCGAGCUCAGAAGCGUGGGGCUGUCUCUGUACCUUAGCAUAUUCGGCAUCGGGAAUUUUCUCAGCAGUUUCAUGAUCUCAGUCAUCGAGAAAGCCACGAGCCAAUCCGGGGGAGUGAGCUGGUUUGCAAACGAUCUAAACAAGGGCCAUCUCGAUUACUUUUAUUGGUUACUAGCAGGUCUCAGCUUCAUCGGCUUGGCUUCGUAUUCGUAUUUCGCAAAGUCGUACAUGUACAGCAGCCCAAACACUUCGUAAACCUCUCAGCUCUCUUCCAGAGUUCAGACGGCUGUAGUUAUACAUAUUGUAUGCAAUGAUAUGAGAGUGAUGGUGUUAUUGGUUCAGUGGAUUGCGUAGACCUAUACGUAUACAGAUGUGUAUAUACGUAUAUGACUUGGUAAUUGGUUCUCUCUUAUUUUGCCCA